AUGUCUGAGAACAACAACGACAACAACGCCACCAUUCACACGGCCGUCGAGCCUGUCAUGGCCAAGACAGACGGCACCGGUGACUACGGGACAACCGCCCAUGCCACCACCACCAGAAUCAGUGUCGAGGGCCACACAACUGACUCCGAGUCCGCCGCCGUGGCCGCUGGCCUCAAGCACCUCGAAAACCAGGAGGUCAAGUGGUACUCCUACCUCUUGACCGUCGACUUCUGGGCCAUCAUCGCUCUGGGUCAAAUCCUGGCGCUGUGCAUCACCGGCUCCAACACCUUCACCUCGUUCCUGAGCUCCGUCAACACCAUCAUCCCCGCCUUCCAGACCCUCUUCAACUACGCCCUGCUGACGAUUGUCUACCUCCCAUACACCAUCUACAAGCAUGGCUGGGCCAAAUACCGCUCCAUCCUGUGGCGCGACGGCUGGAAGUACUUCAUCCUGUCGUUCUUUGACGUCCAGGGAAAUUACUUCACUGUUUUGGCAUACGAGUACACCAAUAUCCUGUCUGCCCAGCUCCUCAACUUCUGGGCCAUCGUCUGCGUGGUCAUCCUGUCAUUUUUCUUCCUCAAGGUCAGAUAUAGACCCGUUCAAAUCGCCGGUAUCCUCAUCUGCUGCGGCGGCAUGGGUGUCCUCCUCGCCAGCGAUCACAUCAACGGCACCAACGGCGGCAACGGCAAGGACAUGAUCAAGGGCGAUCUUUUUGGUCUGCUGGGGGCGACGCUCUACGGCAUUACGAAUGUCUACGAGGAGUGGUUUGUUUCCAAAAGGCCAAUGUACGAGGUUCUUUCGUUCCUGGGCAUUUUCGGGGUGUGUAUCAACGGGGUGCAGGCGGCUAUUUUUGAUCGGAGCAGCUUUGCAGGCGCGACGUGGAACGGGGAUGUGGCGGGGUGGUUGGUGGGUUAUACAUUUUGCUUGUUCAUUUUCUACUCGCUCGUUCCGCUGAUCUUGCGGAUGGGGAGUGCGGCGAUUUUUGAUGUGAACCUACUGACGGCCAACUUUUGGGGUGUGAUUAUCGGGACGAGGGUGUUUGGGUAUACCAUUCACUGGAUGUACCCGAUUGCGUUUGUGUUGAUCAUCUUUGGGAUGGUGGUGUACUUUUUGGCGGGGACGAUUUUGGGGGAUUCGAAGAAACCGUGGUUGGGGGAUAACCAGAAGGAUGGCGUGGCUGGGCUGGGGACGGCCAAGUUGAAGGCGUUGAAUGAGGCGAGGAGGAAGGGGUUGGCGAGGGAGGAGGAGGUUGCUGGGGAGGCUUAG